GCGCCUCCCAGAGCCUUAUUCCCAGCCGCGCGCCGGGAAUCGUUCAGUCGACCGAGGGACCUGCGGGUGGCGCGUGGCUGGCCAACCUAACCGAGACGCAAGGGCUUGGGCGGGCGGACUGACUGAGCAAUCGGACAGACGCCCGGCGGCCGCUAGCUCCACGCAGGUCCCAGCCAGGCUUGCACCCAGAGGCCCGCAGCAGACCGUACCGGGCGCAAUCUCCUGCGCUCCGCCCGCCCGGGCUCCCGUGCCAGCGCCCCGUGGCCGCCGCCUCCAAAGUGAUUGCUGCCUCGCCGCCUCCGCCGGGUCCAGGACCAUGAAGCUGCUGCCGUCGGUGGUACUGAAGGUCUUUCUGGCUGCAGUGCUCUCGGCAUUGGUAACUGGCGAGAGCCUGGAGCGGCUUCGAAGAGGACUGGCAGCUGGAACCAGCAACCUGGACUCUCCCACUGAAUCAACAGACCAGCUGCUGCCCUCGGGAGGCAGCCGGGGCAGGGAAGUCCUGGACUUGGCAGAGACAGACCUGGACCUUUUCAGAGCUGCUUUCUCCUCCAAGCCACAGCCUCUGGUGACACCCAGCAAGGAGGAGCGUGGGAAAAAAAAGAAGAAAGGCAAGGGGUUAGGGAGGAAGAGAGACCCAUGUCUUCGGAAAUACAAGGACUUCUGCAUCCACGGAGAGUGCAAAUAUGUGAAGGAGCUCCGGGCUCCAUCCUGCAUCUGCCACCCAGGUUACCACGGAGAGAGGUGUCAUGGGCUGAGCCUCCCGGUGGAAAACCGCUUAUAUACUUAUGACCAUACGACCGUCCUGGCUUUAGUGGCUGUGGUGCUGUCGUCUGUCUGUCUGCUUGUCAUCGUGGGGCUUCUCAUGUUUCGGUACCAUAGGAGAGGUGGUUAUGAUGUAGAAAAUGAAGAGAAAGUGAAGUUGGGCAUGACUACUUCCCACUGAGAGACCUGUGCUCAAGGAAUCUUCUGGGGACUGCUACCUCUGAGAAGACACAGCUGAUCGUAGACUCUGCAGAGGGAAAGAACGUCACAGCUAGUCAGGAAGAUUCCUUUGUCCCCAGUUGCUAUCUAGAUUGGGCCUCCCAUAAUUGCUUUGCCAAAAUACCAGAGCCUUCAAGUGCCAAACUGAAUGUGUCAAAAUGGGAUCUUGAUCAGAAGAAAGCAAAAGUGAGAGACCUUCAUGCCCUUUGGAUUCUCUCCACCAAACCCCACUUAUCCCCAUAAGUUUGUUUAAACACUUAACUUCUGGAUUAAGAUGCCAGUUAAAUUCCAUAUGCUCCAGGAUCUUUGACUGAUAAAAAAAAGGAGAGGAAGAAGGAAAGAUUUGUGGAUUGGAAGAGAGUAAUAAAGAUUGAGAAGCCAUGUACUCAAGUAGCCACCAAGGGAUCUGCCAUUUGGACCCUCUAGCGCUGGAUUUGAUGAGCUAACUGUGAAAUACCACAAGCCUGAGAACUCUGAAUUCUGGGACUUCUACCCAGAUGGAAAAAUAACAACUAUUUUUUGUUUGUUUGUUUGUAAAAUGCCUCUUAAAUUAUAUAUUUAUUUUAUUCUAUGUAUGUUAAUUUAUUUAGUUUUUAACAAUCUAACAAUAAUAUUUCAAGUGCCUAGCCUGUUACUUUGGCAAUUUCCUGGCCCUCCACCUUAUAUGCCCCACCAUCUGGCUCAGCAUCGCACCCCUCUGCCACAAAUCUGAGAUGGUUCUGUGACCCAUCUGUAGUCAUCUAUUAUCUGUCCACAUUUCCGAAGACCUUCCGCAAUCACAGUGCCAAAGGGGGAGGUCUGUAGGUCAGGAUAUAGGAGUUAACUUUGUCAGAUCCACUCUAUGAGUUGGACUACAGUCUUGCCUAGGCGAUUUUGUCUACUGUUUGUGUUUUGAAAGCCCAAGGUGCUGAUGUCAAAGUGUAACAGAUACCGGUGUUUCCCUAUGUCCUUUCCCUGCCAAAUCUCAGAAGAGGUUGGGCUUCUAGCCUACAGCUUUCCUGGCUCAUCACCGCCCCCUGGCCCCAGGCCCGCAGAGUGGGCACUCCCUCUUCCCUGUGUCAAGACAUUUCUCUUACUCCUGCCAUUCUUCUGGUGCUACUCCAUGCAGCAGUCAGUGCAGCAGGGGAUGAUCUAGAGAAGGUAUUAGCAAAGAAAAAGGCUGAGGAGGAACAGGAAACAUUGGAGCUGUUGUUGUUAAUUGAUAACCUACCAAUUGCUACAGAGUUUGGAGGUGAGGAGGGUUUUUGUGUAAACCCACCCACCUCACCUAAACUAAAAAGGCAUGCUGUCAUGGCCCCUUCUGGAAGUUUCUGGUGCCAUUUCUGAACUGUUACAACUUGUAUUUCCAAACCUGGUUCAUAUUUAUAUUUUGCAAUUCAAAUAAAGAUAACCCUUACUCCAUA